CCACCUCACCAAAGUAUUAUCACUACAAAUUUUUGAAUAAUGCCACGCCUGACCCCUGUGGAGGCGACCUUCACCGGCAAACUCUGCAUGGCCGUACCGUUCUUCGAGGGCGGCUCUCUCCGGUCCGCCAUGGCCGCCAAGUUCCCCCGGGGCCUUCCGGAGGUCUGCAUUUGCGUAUCCCGGCCCUGAGAUGCGUCCUCAAGGCCCUCCGGUUCCUCCACCACCACGAUGGGGUUCUCCACACAAACGUCAAAGGGCAGGGCACAUUUACUUGAAGAGGGGGCCUCAGAUCAUGUUGGGAUUCAGUGCCACCCUCUACGAUCACCACCACCGGUCAGAGUGUGGUCCGUCUACUUCUUCCCUGCCCGCGGCCAAGAUUACGAACUGGGCAGCUGCCCCGGAGGUAUUCGGCCGCAGGGCACUCGAAAGGAUGAUCCAUAAGAUUACCCGCACGAAAAGGCUUCCAACCACAGAAGAAGAAGAAGAAAGGUCUUCGUUUUCCAUGGAGUUUGGGGAAUUCGUGGCACAAUGCCUGGCAUGGAACCCUGAAGAAAGGCCUUCUGUUGAUGCCCUUCUGAACCAUGAUUUCUUCUGCAAAAGAGGGCUGAAGAGGUCCCAGUUGAAGUCACAGUUCGAGGAGCUGAUUGGAAACUUAGAGCAUAAGAUGGCUUCUCUGAAUCUGAUUACGGAGUAUUACAUUUCGUGCAGAAAGUUGUUGCCUCUUGAGAAUGCUCGGGGCCGGUACCUGGUGGACGCCGUUGGGGGCAUCGUGUACCAGGUGAUGGAUCAGAUCGGAGUGUCACUACCCGGUCAUUUUCCCGUCUACAGGGUAGCCUACAUGGACUGCUUCGACUUCGACAGCCCGCACGGGACGGUGUUCGUCUACAAGGAGAACCCCUGCUCUGUCAAGAUCAUUCCUUUCCUCCAUGACAUGCCCGAUUCACUGCCGAUCAAAACAGCGCGCCGAUUCCCACACCAGACUUUUGUGAGAGUGGUGUCAGAAUUUCUAGACAUGUUUCCCAAGGAUUACUGUGUUGUGAUGGAAUUUGCAGAGUACGGCUCGAUGAGGAAAGUCAUGGCGAAUCAUUUCCCCAACGGGCUGCCCGUGGCGUGCAUAGUGUUCGUCCUAAGGACCGGGCCAAGGGUCACCCUAGGAUAUGAUGUCACGGUCUACGAGGAUGGGGUUGGGAACCCGGAGUGCUCGACCUCUGGGAUGCUGCCCGAGGUCUUUAUUUCGGAGUGGGCAGCUGCACCGGAGCUGUACNCUCAGAGUGGGGACGUGUGGCAGGUGGGGAUACUGGCCCUUGAGUUGGCUUACGGGGGGGUCAGAGUCUCGAGCCGGGAAGCGUUAGGGGUGAUGAUUCGAGGAAUAAACAAGACAAGAAGGCUUCCCGGGAGGGGGGAAGACCGCAAGACGACGAAGAGGAAAGACGACCCUACUCAGCUUCCGGCGGCUCUUUGCCCUAAUCCAUCUUUCAUCCUCAAUCUUAGUAGUGUACAAAAGGAGGAAGUUCUAGAAUGGUAUCUUCAUGCAAAGGUAGAGGCCGACUGUAUCUCUUCAACGGUCGGAGAGAAACCAGUUACAAUCACAGCCAACGAUAUCAGAGUAGCCUUUGCCCUACCAGAAGCCACAGAGAAGGACUUCACUUCUCACUCCUUCGACCAUGAAACAUUCUGGGCCGAAAUAAAAAAUGAGAAAGUGGCCGGAGUUGACGAUGUUACUCCCGACAAGAUUAAACUCCUAAGUGCCAUUAUGAACAAUAUCAAGUGUGACUGGGCACGCCAUAUUUACAACUGCCUAUGUCAUUUUGUCCACAAGGCAUCUGUGAAGUCCGGAGACAAAGAGUUGCGAUACAAUGUAGGCUAUGGUUUCAUGGUUGCCCACCUCUUAAAAGAGAAGAAUGUAAAAAUGUCUACUGGGACUGAGAUUCACUUCCACACAUAUUUAUUCAAAACUGCCAUAAAGAAUUCCAAGAAGUGUGCUCCUGCUCCCAAGGCAAAGAAAAGUCAGAAGAGGCCUUCUGAGGAACCACCACUCACUGAUGAAGGGUCUGACUCAGACAACCAACCCUUGAUCAAAAGGUUGAAGCAAGAUCUUGUUGCCAAACUUGCGAAUAAAAUGGAAAAGGGAAAAGAGUGCAGCAACACACGAGAAGUGGAAAGUGCACGAAUAGAAGAAGUCCGAAGGGAAACUUCACAUAUUGAAGAAGCUAACAUGCCUCUGGAGGUGCAACUCAAUGAUGUACCACAGAGAGAACCAAUAGUAGAGAUUGAUGUCUCUUUGUCUGAAGCAAUUGCAGAAGAAAUGUUAGAAAAAGAAAAGGCUAGAGUAUUGAAUUGGCAUUCAUGGAGAUGCUCAGACUUCCAAACACUCCGUACCAAGAUGAAUGAAAUGGAAGAAGAAGAAGUGUUUGCUUUACAUUGGCUGGACACGGCUGAUAUUGGAAAAGCUCUUCAACUUGAAUUUAUUGAGAAUGCCUUCACUCAAAAAUUCAAACAACUACAAGGAAAGAACAAAGUCCGGGAAGAAAUCGCAAAUAUUGCAUCUGAAGAUGAAGAUGAUGAAAUCGUCGAUAAACAUUCUCCAGAGGGGGAGAGGGUAGGUGUUCCUGAAACAAAACAAGCUCAACCAGAUGAUGAGCUAACGAUUCAAGAUGAAGCUCAACCAAAUGACGAGGAGCUGAAUAUUUCUGAGGACAAUGUUUCAAUUGCAAGCAAGAUGAAACAUUCCCUGCAAAUGGAACUGUCCGAACAAAUGGAACAGCAAUGCAACAGGUUGGAAAAGGCAAUUAUGGAGAGGGAAGAAGCACAAAGAACUGCUGCAAUCAGUCUUGCCAUGCCUGUAGCGGUACCAGAGCACCGUGACACGGUCGUGAUAGACCGUCUGACUGAAGGCUGCAAUUUUUCCACAGGCUUGUCGUGCCUGUGGCGGUAUCAAAGUCCCGUUACAAGGUACCGUUACACCAAGCGCAAGAAAAAAAAGAUGCUAGCUUCUCCUUCAUUGCGCAAGCAGCGAAGACAACGUUCUUCCGCCAAUCUCGCCUUAACGCUCCAACGGGAAGAAAUUGAAAGUCCAAAGCUCCUCGCUAUAAAUUNGGAACACACGAGGAACAACGACAAGAGAGCCGCGUCCUAGCCACGGCGGCGGUGGCGGACGGCCUGCAGACGCGAACUGGCGGCAGCAAAAGCUCCGGCGAGUGGUGGGCAGUCUUCUUCAAGCUCCAAUUUCUUCAAUUUCAUCUUCUUCUUCAUCAAUUGGAGUUAGAAUGAAAAAAAAUUCGCUCUUUUAUAAACUUUUUCUAUAGUGGAAGUAUGUUUUCAUGCUUGAUUGGUGAGUUGGGGUUCUAAGGUAUAUUUCAAAAUGGGCCUUUGAAUUGCAUGACUCCGGGCCGUGUGGAGAGUUGACAAUCCUCCAUAUCGUGGUUAAGGAAAUGAAUUGACUCGGCCUUUGAUUGUUUUUCCUAUUCUUAAGUGCGUAAAUUACGUAAUAUAUUGUCUACGUGCCUAUUAUACGUGUAAUGU